AUGGACUCUCCCAAAUCUGGCCAGAAGCGAUCUCCGCCGCGCGACGAGUCUGAUGAGAAGAUUGAGCUGCCGAGCAAGAAGCAACGAACAGCCACACCGCAAUCAGACAACAAGGUCAUUGUUGCGACGACUGGGAAAAAGCGUAGCGAUAGUGGCAAUGCAACAUCGGCGGAAAGGUUGAACGUCCCUAGUGAGGCCAACUUUGCGCGCGAGGGGCUUCAAAGAUCAAUCGCAUUAGCACUCCAGCAUGUCGGUUUCGAUUCCGCGUCGCAGGAAGCCCUGGAAAGCCUGACUUCGGCAACCGAGAUGUACAUGUCUACCUUUACCGAGCACAUCAAACGCUUAGCAGAAUCUGCGCGAAGAUCACAGCCUGUGCCCACUGACUUUGGCCAUAUGCUGCGCAAACACAAUGUUCCCUUGUCUUCGAUGAAGCCGCAUUUGAAGAACCCCGUGGACAAGCAGAAGCUCGAACCUACAUACUACGAUCCCCUUCCAAUCACUCCACAGACUGACUACUUCCGGCCAAUUUCGACUAAAUGGCUUGGGGAAGAACUUGAUGGCAACACUGAAAAGAAGGACAAGCCAUGGAUACCUGAAGGGUUGCCUGAUUUUCCCAGCAAACACACCUAUAAGUUCACUCCAAAAGAGACAGUGGCAGUCGACCCAGCACAGAAACGCACAGAGGCUAUGGCGGCGGCACAGAAGGGCGAGAAGGCUUUGCGAACAAUCAAUCGGGCUACAAAGAUGAGCCAGCAAAAGGAGCUCAAGGAUCUGGCGCAGAGAAACACCAUGAGCAAGGGGCGCCACGAUGCUUGGGAAGGCAUGAUGAAGUCAAUGAUGUCGGACCUCGGCGGCUCUUCGCGUGACCGACAGGAACUCGCAGAUUAUAGUGUGACUGUGGACUCCUCCGUGCGGUACAGGCGCAGAGAGGUCCCUCGGGUGAGCAACAGAUUGCCGCUUGGUGUGAUUCCAAGCAAAGGCUAA